AUGGCGUUGCCCGAGUUCCCGUUCAGAGCCAAGACAUUGGUGGCGUGGGCCGCCGAGGAGAAGGGCGACUUGGGGUUCCUCGAACACGAGAUCAUCGAGGUGUUGCUGGCGGUCGACGGCGAGUGGUGGAGCGGGCGCCUCCGCCGCAACAACGCCGAGGGCAUCUUCCCCAAGCAGUACGUCGAGGUCAUCGACGAGCCCCGGAUGACGGCGCUGCGGCUGCUGGCGCUGUUGGCGCCGAAACCGCCGCUGGACCCGGCGCCGGCGCCUUACACCACCUCCGUCCCCGACACCAACCCCCUCCGAGCCAGCUACGCCGGCUACUCCCGCGUUAACGACCUCGCCCACGACGACGCCGACGACCACGACCACUACAACUACUCCUACGACGAGGCCUACUACCGCAAGCUGAAGAAGCAGAGUAAAGCCAGUAACGUCAAGCUCGCCCACUACCAGCGCGAGCUUCAGGAAAAGGAGCGCGAGAUCGCCCACUACAAGCUGCACUUGCGCAAGUCGCAGAGCGACACCAAGCGGUUGAGCUUGGCCCAGUACCCGCCGCUGCCUCCGGCGACCGCUCCCGUGCCAGCGUCACCGGCGGCGUCGUCGCGGCGCAAACUGCCCAGUCCUGACGCCCGCCAGUCGCGCCAGCGCCGUCUGGACUUCUACAAGCUGAAGCUGAAGCUGGCGUACGAGUUGUCGGCUCCGGACGCGUCGCGGGCGCCGUACCCGGUGCACGAGGAUGAUGGCGACAGUGCUGAUAGCGACGAUAGCCUCGACGAGAUCGCUGCUCGUCGCGCUCAGCUUGAACAGGAAUUGCGCCACUUGCGCCAGUUGGAAAAGCGCCGCCAGACUCAGCGCAGCCAGGACGACCUCGGCUACCAGCUGGAGGACUUGCUGCUGCGCCGGCUGAAGGAGCUGAAGGACAAUUUGAGCCGCAAGAUGGAGAGCGAGGUCCCCAGCGACGAAGGCGACGACAGCGACGCGCCGCCGCCGCCGCCUCCCCCGAAACACAAACACAGCGACGGCGACAUCUACCGCUUCUCCCACCACGAAGACCUCAAACUGCUGCUUAAACUGCUGACGCGCACCUACCACAGCGACGUGCUCAACUUGCUGGAGCUCUCGGCGACGCUGGCCGGCCUGUACCACCGCCACCUCCUCGAACGGGAGUUGAACGCGGUGCCCGAACUGCGCCUCAAAGCGAUGCAGCUUGAAGAUACCACCCCGGACGACUUGGGGCGCCUGGCCCAGAAGCCGAAAAACAGCAUUUUCAAAAAGAUCUUGGGGCAGAAGCGCGACGAAAACGCCUUGGAGCAGAAGCUUAGCGCCGAGUUCGACACCUGGGCCGAGCAGAAGAUGGACUUGAACCGGCUCAACUCGUUGUCCACGGAAGACAAACAGGCGCGGACCCGGCGCGUGGUGCGCACCGAGGCGACGUUAAUCGUGAAGCCGUUGGACUACAUCUCCGAGAUCAACACCAACGAGACGGUGGGGCUGGACUACGACGACGACGGCAACGGCGACGAGCUCGAGUGGGCGCAGAUGCUGUUCGCCAAGGCCGACCGGUUCAUGGCCCGCUUCUCGACCCAGCUGGACUUGAACGAGAUCAUCAGCGACGUCAGCAUGCGGUUCGCCCACCUGGUGGUGAUGCAGAUCCGGUGUGUCUUGGUCCACUUGUGCAAGUUCCGCAUCAUCGACGAGCCCUCCAAAAUCUCCCAGAUUAAGCCUAAACUCCACGACGUCCUUUUCAAGGGCGAGGCGCUGAUCUUCCAGCUCAACUACAUUUUUAAGAAAGUUUUGGACGCGUUGCGGAUCCCCUCAGAGAUCGUGCUUGGUUUCUGGAAGAAGCCCAACGAGUUCUACCACGAAGAGCAUUACGUCAUCAACCACUGCUGGCUCCUGGUGCUUGUCGACUCCCGCCUCUUGAUCAUGGACUUGUUGUGCUUCAAGCACGGCCAGGUGUGCAACUUGCGCCGCGACGACGGCUACAACGAGUUCUACUUCCUUGCAAAACCCUUAAGCAUGGUGCUGACCCACAUCCCCCUGGUGAUCGACUUACAGCACGUCCGACCCCCCGUCGACCCCAUCGUCGCCUUCCACCUCCCCAGAGAGUACCUGGGGUUCCACAAAAACCGCCUCCGCUUCCGCAACUUCAACAACGCCCUCACCCGGUUGAGAGACUUGGAAGUGGUGGAGCUCGAGCUCUACGUUCCCCCCGACAUCGAGUUGUUCACGUUGGUGAAGACAUCUAAGGUCACCACCAAUGACCUCCUGCUUUGUCAGAUGAUGUGGCAAAACAACCGCCGCAUCGCCAAGAUCAAGGCGCUCUUGCCGGUGAACGAGUCCAUCGGGGUGCUCCAAGUGUUUGCUGGGCCUAAAGGGUUGCAAAAACACUUCGAGAACGUCCACGAGCUCGCCCUUGUCAUCCCCAUCUACCAUGAGGGCCAAUCGAAAAACACUAAGUUCAUCCCCCGCUUCCCCACCGUCCAGGCCCAGAAGAACGACUUGUACGUGAAACUGCCUCAAAUGAGCACGGUGCUGAUGAGACCAUACAACUUUGAAGUUUUGGUACACCCGUCUGAAGGAGUGGUUCUGGAGAUAUCGUCUAGGAAGCACGACUUCAAGAUGGUGGUGGAGCUGCCGCUGGGCAAGUACUAUAAGCUUGUGGCGGCAGACCCGCUGAAACCAUAUGGGGUGUACUCCGGCAACAUCAAGUGCACCGAGGCGGGGGUGUACCGGGGGCUUGUCAUUGGCGACUGUGGAAACAGCUGGUACGUGUUCACCCAGUGGGAAUGUCAAUGA